GCCUGCGGAAUCUAUAAAAGAAUGAGAAGUGCUUCCACCGAGCUCAGUGAAGUGAAUGAGAGACGAUAGGUGUUGCAGAGGACAGACCUAUACAGUGGAGAACAACUUGGAUUUAGCAAAAAGACAGCUCCACAGAGAAAAUGAAUAGGACAGGUACGUUCUAAGUAACAAUUAGGUUGCUUUUUCCCCCCUCAUCAUGAAUGUGGCAUCUCCUACCAAUUUCUACUCCUGAGCAUAAGAGGUCUCCAACAUGCCAUGCUGAGUGAUUUGUGAAUGAAUAAGUUAGCCAUGCAACCAAAUGACAGUGCGCAGACCCUGGUACCAGAGGUGUGUGAGCAAGUACUGGAGGAUAAUGCAGGACUGGGUUACGGUGGCUCUACUGGCAACCUGUCGCUGCGCUGCUGGCUACACUUCUUAAGCAAGGAAUCUAUACUGGAGCUACAGGGAGAUGGUUCCAGCAUCACAGUGCGUGUAAUGAUAGCUCUGGUGUACUCUGUUGUGUGUGCACUGGGGCUAGUGGGGAACUCUCUGGCACUCUACCUGCUUCACUCACGCCACAGUCAGACGCAGUCCUCAAUCAACUGCUUUGUAAUGGGCUUGGCUCUCACCGACCUGCAGUUUGUUCUCACGCUCCCCUUUUGGGCUAUUGACACGGCUCUGGACUUCCGCUGGCCCUUCGGCAAAGUAAUGUGUAAGAUCAUCAGCUCCGUGACCAUCAUGAACAUGUACGCCAGUGUCUUCUUCCUGACUGCCAUGAGUGUGGCGCGAUACUACGCAGUGACCUCAGCCCUCAAGAUGCACAGCAGGCGGACGGCGGCAGCCAGCGCCAAGUGGAUCAGCCUGGGCAUCUGGGUAGUGUCGCUGCUAGCCACCCUGCCCCACGCAAUCUACUCCACCAGUGCCCAGCUAUACGACGAGGAACUGUGUUUGGUGCGAUUCCCUGAGUCAGGCAGCUGGGACCCUCAGCUGCUCCUGGGGCUGUACCAGCUACAGAAAGUACUGCUGGGCUUUGUUAUUCCCUUGGUGGUCAUCACUGUGUGCUAUCUGCUGCUGCUGCGCUUUGUGCUGAGCCAACGCAUUAGUGGAGCGGCCAGCUCAGAGGGCUCGGAAGGCCGCCACAAGCGCCGGUCCAAAGUAACCAAGUCGGUGGCUAUCGUGGUUCUGUCCUUUUUCUUGUGCUGGCUGCCCAACCAGGCGCUGACGCUGUGGGGCGCGCUGAUUAAGUUUGACCUGGUGCACUUCAGCAAUGCAUAUUACAACGUCCAGAACUACACCUUCCCGCUGACUGUGUGUCUGGCUCACACCAACAGCUGCCUCAACCCUGUGCUCUACUGCAUAAUCCGCCGUGAGUACCGCGCGGGCCUCAAAGAGCUGCUGCACGCCACACCCUCCUUCAGGAGCCUGGCCAACCUGCUACCCCGCAAGGCCAAGGUGGCAGAGGCUCCCCCUGUCAUGACGCUGGUCCAGAUGGAUGUCUAAAGGUGGGCGUCUCAGCGUCUCUAGUAGACAAUGGGCAACAACAAGGAAUGCACUCAGCUCUCCAAAAUACCAGUUUCAUGGAAUUUGAUUGUUGUAGUUGAUGGAGCAGCAUCACAAGGCAAGCCCAUUGGGAUGUGUGCGGUGGAAAUUAAAUAAUAAUGACAUACUAUACUGUUUAAUUAGUCAUACUAUGCUGUUUUACUUGGAUAAUUGUCUGUUGUUAUAUGUUAGUAUUUUGCUGAUACAGGUUCGUCUUGUGUGACAUAGUCAUGGGUCAGGGCCUACAGAUAAGUGCCAUUUGGGUGUGACUGUAGUAUGUGGCAUCCUGUUUUAACAAUCUAGAGGAACUUAGAUGUGUGGAAACAUGCAGGAUGCAUUGUUCUUUUUCUAUAAGAGGAGAGAGACAACUCUUUUCGUUGAGCUUUCCUAACGUUGCACUGUUGAGUGGUAGUUAUUGAUUGCUUCAUUUUUGCAAAUCUUAUAAAUAGUUGUUUUGAAGAUGUGUGCCCCAGUUUUCUCCCCCUACUCUGAUUCUCUUUGCCAGAUGUGCUUCUCCUCUCUCUUCCGCUGCUUCUCUGCUAGCUAGAGAUACAUUUAGCAAGCUAACGUUAGAUAGCUAUCAUGAUGGUAGCUCGGCUACAUAAGGUUACAUAACAUUCAGAUAUGUCGCGGGGCAGUCAUUGAACUUUAUUUCCCGAACUCACAUCUUCUUUGUCACUAGAAGCCAACUCCUCGAACAUACACUAUAUAAACAAAAGUAUGUGGACACCCCGUCAAAUUAAUGGAUUUGGCUAUUUCAGCCACAACCGUUG